CAAACAUUGGAUCUUUCAUUGAUGUAAAUUUAUCGAUUCAAUAUUUACAUAUAUAAAAGUGUAGGGAUCCAGUUCUAAAACAAGGACAAGUGAAGGAACCCAAAUUACAUUAUGACUGUAUAACUAUAAGCCAAAUUUGAAAUAUGUUGGGAGAGGGUGAAGCAAUUCCUUCAAUCAUUAAACUCUAGGGUUUAGCUAAAAGUCGAUCAAUCAUUGCAGCUGGGUAAAUAUGGAAGAUCCUGCCUCAACUAAAUUCACAUGGAAAAUUCCAAACUGUUGCGAAAGGAUUACAUGGACUCUUGUUUCGGACAUUUUCAUCGUCCACGGAUGUAAAUGGCGUUUGCGUAGUUUCCCAAGAGUAUACGAUUUGUCAAUAUACCUAGACGUUGCUGACUCAAUUAGCUUGCCAUGUGGUUGGAGAAGACGUGCAAAUUUUAGCGUGACAGUUAUUAGUCAAUUUGAUAAGAAGUUUUCCGUUACAAAAGAUACGAAACAUGUAUUCAAUGCAAACGCAAGCAAUUGGGGUUUCAUAUCGUUCAUUCCUCUUAGCUCAAUAAAAAUUCCUGGUACAAGGUAUAAUGUGAAUGAUACACUUAUAGUUGAAGCUCGGAUUGAAGUCUGUAAUGUUGUGCAUUAUUCUGUGAUUCAACCUGCAAAGAAUGUUAAUGAAGAUAAACAAAAGCUGCACAAGCGAGCAGUCGAAACAUCACUAGAUCAAGCUCCUCUGAGUUGUCAUAACAAAAAACACAAAAUGUCUAAUUCAAAAGCGAAAAAUCUACCACAGAAGGAAGUACUUGCAAAUAAAGGAAUGGUUGAACCACCAACUUCUAUAAUAAAUCAUUUUUCUGAUCAACCGUUCCAUUAUUUUCUUUCUUCUUACUAUCAGACUGGAAUAGCAGUUCAACAAUUUGUAACUACCACUAACGAACAAAAUAUUGUGAUGAAAGCACUUCCACCUCCCACUAUUGUUGAUGAACAGGAUCUUACUCAGGAUCCUCCCUCCGAGCCUGUAUUAUCCUCCCCAGAUGUGCAGGAAAUUUCGAAGAAUCUUCUAACUGAAAUUUCAAGUCGGACAAGGACUCAGAAAUCCUUUCCCAGCAAUGAAAUUCCAAUUCCAAGUGAAGCAAGUAGGCCUGACUUCAUACGUCAACAAAAGGAAGCACUGGACGGGUUUCUCAAUAUGUCAUUAGAGGCUAUACAGCAAGCUGAUGCCUUUGGAAAAAUGGAAAAGAUUAUUCUUGCACUCGUUCAGCAUACUAACAGUUUACAGGAGAAGACAAUUCUUGAAAAUCUAGCUUCUCGUUUGGCAGAAUUUCAAGAGAGCGUUCCGAAGUCUACAACCAUAGCGGAAACUGUGCAAGCUCGCAAAAUAUCUCUUGCAAGGAAAAGUGUAGAUCUGAACGCAAGAUUGGAGCAAAGUCAAAAGGAACUAACUACCUUGGAGGAAAAAUUCUCAAGGCUUUCGGAAGAAGAAGCAAAACUCCAUGCUGAAAUUCAGCGCUUAACGACACAAAAGGAGGAGCUUCUUUCCCAGAAGCAAUCUGCUGCAAUUGAACGGCAGAAAGCCAAUGAAGGAGCAUCGAGAGAACUUGAAGAAUGGAGAGGCUUAGAAAGGGAAAUCAAGCAGUCCAAUGCCGAAAGGCUCGAAGCCAAAGAGAAACUGGCAUUAGCUAAUGUGCGUUGGAAACAUUACAAAGAGGAUCUUGCAGAGACCAUGAAGAAUGGAGAGGCUUAGACGGAUAAAUCAAGCAGUCCAAUGCCGAAUGGCUCAUUAGCUAAUGUGCUGUAGAAACUCUACAUUAAGGAUCUUGGUUUUGGAGAGCUUAAUAUUUUGUAAAAACUUAUUUGAAUCAUGUAGUUUAUCAAAGUGAGCUUAAUAUUUUGUAAAGGCUUUUUUUAAUUUCA